AUGUAUGCUAAUAAUCUAGUGCGCAUUACUGCAUGUUUGCUUGUUAUUUUGGUCUCAAGCAACAACAUUGUUGAAAGUAGAGGAUUGUAUUUCAAUGACCGAAGUGCAGACCCACAUCGUGAUCAUAUAUCUAAAGCUUCAAUCAAUAGUGUUAAUGGUAUGGAUCCUGAACAAAUUAACGUAGCGAUACCUAUACUUCAACAAUGCCUCGACACCAAAGAUAAUGAUCGUAUCAGGGCAUUUAUCAUGAAAUGUCAUGCUCUUCUUAAAGCAAUCAAAGAGAAAUCAGCGGCAAAACGAAGCGACAUAUUAGACACACUUCUCGAUUAUUAUUAUUAUAAAAAUUUUAACACACGUGGUGAGAAAAUAGACACGGAUAAGGUGAAUGGGUUGGCCCAGCAAUUUAUGGAUAAGCAAACAGAAGAAGAACUUGGAAAUCUUCAUGAAUUCAUGGAAGCAUAUCAGACGGCUUCAAUAAAAGAUCGAAGCAAGUUUCUUGAACAGGUUAUCGAUUAUGCUACGAAAUGUGCACAGGAGGGUAACAAUGAAAAUUAUUUUAAAUUAGUUAUAACUAGCAUGAAAACAUUAUUUACAUCAUAUGAUAAAAAUGAUUAUGAUGUACGAUUGACUACCGAAGAAUAUCUUAAUCAACUUGCUAAAAAUUUAAAAGAAUCAGAUUUAACAAAAAUUCAAGUUGAAUUACAUCGAAUUAUAAAACAUAAUCCUAAUGUUGGACCAAAAGCUUUAAAAGAUGUUCUAUAG